UUCAAUCAAAGGCUUGCGAAACAAAAUGUCAGCGCCCAUGGAAUUAUGCAAUUUCUUGUAACGAUUGCUCUGUGUUCGUUUUGACAGUUUGUUUGAUAUUGUUGUAGAUGGUUAAGAUAAAAAAAAUUACAGCCAAUAGUCUAGAAAAUGUAUUCUAUUCAAGGACUUUCACGGGCUUCGUUAAAAAGGACGAUUUCUGGAGUAAAUUCUGCUUUUUGUAGGACAUACUGCCCAUCGACUUCACAGAGUAUCUCCACCCCGACUGGAUCGGCAGAAAGCGCUGCUAGUGAUGGCUACCAACGACGUACUCCGCGGCCGCAGCUGCAGACAACACUCGGACGUGGAUCAUUUCUACAUUUUCACUCACGAUGUCUUCAGAAUGCCUGGUCGAAAAAGAAAUACCAGAGUAUUGAGAAGGAAGUAUGUGCCUUUGAUAGUCUUCUUAAGAGGUCUGGAUAUCAUGACAGGAGUGCAUUAUCCAGUCUCCUUGUAUCCAUGGAUAACAUGAGGAGUUUUAGUACUUCAAGUGCAAUGCAGCAACAGAGAGAGGAUCAAGAUCAGAAGGAUGAUGAAGAUCCAAGUAAGAAGGCCGGUGAUGGGGAGAAUAUCAGGAUGUUGAUUGUUGUGAUGCUGAUCCUAACUCUUCUUAACCUUCUCUCCAGAGGUGAUGAGGCUCAGAACAUUUCAUGGCAGUCAUUCGUCAAUGAUAUGCUUGCUAAAGGAGAGGUGAAGGAUGUGUCAGUAACGUAUUAUGAUACUGAUGGCAGUGGAGAGAGCAAGAAUCCUGAGUCUGAUGUAGUCCAUGUCUUCCUGCAUGAUGGUGCUAUCGUCUUUGGUAGAGAGGUCGGAAGAGGACAGCCUAACCAUUUCAGGAUGCGUGUUGGCAACAUUCAGAAGUUUGAGCAGAAACUAAGGGAGGUUGAGGAACAGCUUGGGAUCGCACACAAAGACAGAAUUCAGAUCCGUUACCAGCAUUCUAGCUCUGAUGGAAUGAUGAGUAUCCUGGGAACAGUCCUUGUUCUGGGUUUUCUCUUCUACAUCAUACGCUCAGCAAUGAGAGGAGGAGGGAUGAAUGCUUUUACUCAGCUCACUAAGGCAAAGUUCACGGUUAUAGAGGAAGGGGCUUCUAAGGGAGUGUCCUUCAAGGAUGUAGCUGGCCUCAAGGAAGCCAAGGUAGAAGUCAUGGAGUUUGUGGACUAUCUAAAGAGACCAGAAAAGUUCAUGGAGCUUGGUGCAAAGGUCCCCAAAGGUGCCCUCCUCUUGGGCCCCCCUGGAUGUGGAAAGACUCUCCUCGCCAAGGCAGUGGCUACUGAAGCCAAUGUGCCCUUCCUAGCCAUGGCUGGAUCAGAGUUUGUGGAGAUGAUUGGGGGCUUGGGAGCUGCUAGAGUACGCAGCCUCUUCAAGGAGGCGCGUAACAGGGCCCCCUGCAUCGUCUAUAUUGAUGAGUUGGAUGCUAUCGGCAGGAAACGAUCAGAUUCAGCUAAUAUGAACUCGUCUGGUGAGGAGGAACAGACCUUGAAUCAGUUGCUGGUUGAGAUGGAUGGAAUGGGAACUCAGAAAGAUGUCAUCAUGCUUGCGUCUACUAACAGGGCUGAUAUAUUAGAUAAGGCUCUACUGCGUGCCGGUCGAUUUGAUCGACACAUCCUCAUCGAUAUACCUACCAUGAUUGAGAGAAAGGAGAUCUUUGAAGUCUAUCUCAAGAAGCUCGUCCUCAAAGGGAAACCAGCAGAUUAUUCCACCAGGCUGGCGCAGCUUACACCAGGAAUGAGUGGAGCUGACAUAGCCAACAUGUGCAACGAAGCUGCCCUGCAUGCAGCCAGGGAGGACCACAAGGCUGUUCACACUGAGAGCUUUGAAUACGCUGUGGAGCGCAUCCUAGCAGGUGCAGCAAAGGCUGAAAACGUGAUGUCCAAGGAGGAACGUAACGUGGUGGCGUUCCAUGAAUCAGGACACGCCCUCGUUGGCUGGCUGUUGGAGCAUACUGAUGCUUUGUUGAAGGUCUCCAUUGUACCAAGGGCCAGUGCUGCACUGGGGUUCGCACAGUAUCUUCCCUCGGAUCAGAAGCUCUACUCAAAAGAACAGUUGUUUGACAGGAUGUGUAUGGCAUUAGGAGGUAGAGUAGCUGAGGCAAUCAUCUUCAACAAAGUUACUACAGGAGCCCAGGAUGACCUGAACAGGGUCACCAAGUUGGCUUACUCUCAGAUCAGAUCUCUUGGAAUGAAUGAUGAAAUAGGACACCUAUCAUUCCCUGAGGGUAGCUCCAGUGAGCUAGGCAAGAGGCCUUAUAGUCAUAGGCUACAGCAUACGAUGGAUGAGGAAGCUAGGAAGUUGGUUGCUACUGCAUACAGGGCUACAGAAUCUUUGCUAAAUCAACAUGUAGAUACAUUGAAAUUGUUGUCCAAAAAUCUCCUUGAAAAGGAAGUUCUGAACUACACGGAUGUUGAAGCCCUGAUUGGACCGCCACCAUUUGGAGAAAAGAAGAUGAUUUCCAUUGAUGACUUUGACAUUAUGAACUAUAGUGAUGAUGAAAUGGAUGCUGAAAACAUGGGGAAAAAAAAGGAACAAGAACAAAGAUUGAAAGAACAAGAAGAGGAGGACAGAUGAGUGAUGUGUUUGGGAUUUAAUGGAACUGACAUGAGUGCAUGGUUCUCACAUUAGAAGA